GGGAGAGGCGGAGGGAGGGAGUAAAGAAAGAAGGGAAGGAGAAAGGGAGGAGAGGAAAAGACAAAGAUUGGGACCAGAGCUGGAGAACAGAGGGAAUCUCUCCAUCGCUUUGAUUGGUCAAGACCCAGCAGGAUGGGCAGCUACCCAACCGCUGUGCUCCUGUGCUGUUUCUAUGGACUGGUCAUGGUCUUGGCCCAGCAGCCGGGAACAGAGCCAACAUAUUUAGAAAACGGUGAAGAAGCAUCAGACUGUAGAGAGGAAAUGUACCCGUGCACUCGGAUGUACUCCGUCCAUCGCCCUGUAAAGAGAUGCAUCCACUCCCUCUGCCUUUACAGUCUUCCGCGUGUCUAUGUGAUCAACAAAGAGAUCUGUGUGAGGACUGUGUGUCUGCAGGACGAAAUACUGAAAGCUGAACUGUGCAGAGAGAAAUCCGGAUGGCCCAAACGGAUUCAGAGGUCAGCCAGAAAGCGCUGUCUCCGCAGAAUAAACAGAACAUGGGCGAGCAAGAAUUAAAACAGAUAGAAAGAGACAGAGAUAAAGAGAGAUAAAGAGAGAGAGAGAGAGAAAGACAGAGAGAGAGAGAGGGAGGGAGGAAUAAAAAAAAGAAGGAAAAUAUAGAAGGAGAGUAUAGACAUUUAAACAAGUAGCUCUAUAUAUCUAAAUAACUUACAUUCAGCCUGAGUCUCCUAUACAUUUCAUGUACUAUACAUUCCAGACUACAUCCAUUAAAAAAAAGGGCUGGUUUUUAUGAUGAGAUAGACUCAAAGAAUGGAGUUAAUGUAGUUUUAAAGGGGACAUAUUAUACCUCUUAUUACACAAGUUACAUAGAAUAGGUAUACGGGCUAUACAAAACAUGGUCAUGAAGUUCUUUACUCAAAAUCACUCUCAUAUAAAAAGAUCUCACCAGCCUUUAAAGGCUCUGUCACUUUUAUGCAAAUAAGUUGUUGCUGGUCACACCACAUGUUUACACAGAGCAUUUAGCACAGGUUAACAAAAGCUAGUUAAUGCUUAACUGUUGUACUUGUGGUACUUAAACCUCUCUCAUCUGCUGACGUGCAACAGACAGUAGGUGCAGAUCCCUCCCUCAGACGAAGUCUGCUGGCUAAUCCUGCUGUUUUCAACUGAUCUAGUGGGUGGGGCUCUGGUGGGGCCUCUGGUGGUUUCCUUUUAUUUUAAUGUGACAAUAAAGGAGUUCAAUAACAGCUCAUAGAAACACCAAACUCUUUCAGCUAAUUCACAGAGAACAGAUUUUUUCCACUUGUAUUUAUAGGGGCAGUCGAGUCAAGUGGAAAUACAAAAGCAUGCAAAAAGUAAAUUUGGCAUAAUAUGUCCACUUUAAAACCAGUUUGGGAAGAUUAGAAUUUGAUAGACCUUUUACGCAUGAUAAUAUCUGGGUGUUCUCAGGGAUGACCAGCAGUUGCAAACACUUAUCACUUAUCAAGCAAGAGUUUAAAGUGUUUCUCCAGUGAUUUUUUUUUGUUGCUUAUAUUAAACUUUGGGAAACCACUAUGAAAAAGUACCAGUUACUUACGCCUUAUCACCAUCAACACAAACUCGAGAGCGACUACUGUUUACAUACCUGCCCAAACGAACCAAAUGCACUGAAGCCCCUAUUUUAGAGAUCUACAGUCGACCGUCAACCGUGUACAACGCAGCUUGAUUUAGAGCAUGUUACUGUCUUUUUGCUAUCGUAACGACAGGAAAAGUACACCUGAACACUCAUUUCAAGAUCACUACGCUCAUCAGUAUAUAUAUAUAUAUAUAUAUAUAUAUAUAUAUAUAUAUAUAUAUAUAUAUAUAUAUAUAUAUAUAUAUAUUUACAAGCACUGUUUUGCUAUUUAAACUAUGCAGGCGAAAGAUGUGGAAAUUGUUCAAGACAGUGAGUUGGUGGGUUGUAACAUAGCAAUGAGCAUCGCAGCGCAUCUUGUGCAGGGUAUAAUAUACAGCCCCAAGAGUGUAAAUCAACCAGAGUGCAUUUUGAACUCUGGAGACAUACCAAAAAUGAAGUUCUGGUUACUCAGUCAUAUCUAAUCACCCUCAACACAUUAUGAAAAGCAGCUGUGUUUCUCUGGUGCUUGGCUCUUAUUUUGGUGUGUGAAUCAUUUGCUUAUUUUUGAGCUUUAAGAAAAGUAAGCAAAUUAAAAAUAUUUCUAUUGUUGAUUGUGAUAAGGCGGGGUUGAUGAAAUUAUCUCCUCUUAAAAAAAUUUAGAAUUUUUUAGAGAUUUGCAGCUUAAUGUCCAAACACAAGCAAACAGUAAAUCCCACUGUUUUCAGUUUCCAAUUAUUUUAAAAACUGUUUUAUCUUCCUUUUAUAAAAAACUGAGUCUGUUAAUCAGCGUGAUCAGUACUGUUAAUAUUUUAUAUUUUAUAUAUAUUUAACUCUGACCUGUAUCUGUGUGUGUGUGUGUGUGUGUGUGUGUGUGUGUGUGUGUGUGUUUGUGUGUGCACUACUGGUCAAAAGUUUUAAAACACCCCAAUUGUUCAGGUGCCUAGAAGCAGUGCUGUAUGGCCCAGCUUUUUUAUUUUCUCAACAUAUUUUCUUAUUUUCUUUCACCCAUUCAGAGGUGAUCAUAAUCGGCCGGUAGUCUGCUGCUAACUCUGGCUAUCACUGCUGGAGUAGCAUUAGCAUAGCCGCUAAUGGCGCUAACUCUUGCGCCUUUCAGAAGCGAGUCCAUCAGACUGUAGCCUGCGUGUUUACCGUGUUAAAAUAAACCACGUGGGACGAACCGCUAGCUAAUAUCGCCCUGGCUUACCAAAACACUCAGGGUUUCUCAGUGUGGCUCUGUCAGGCGGCAUUAGCGGCUAACCGCGGCUAGCACUAGCAGUUAGUCACUAAUGCAGCUGCACACAGCCUUAGUGGAAAUGUGGAAAUUUAAGAUUACUGUAAAUAAAGGGAAGUGCUUUACUCACUUAAAUAAACAGUUUUCAGGAGAGAAAUCUGUGCAGAUUAAGUUCCAGCACUUAUUUGACUUUAAAAGAAAUUGGAAUUACAGAAUUACUUAGCUUAGUUUAGCUUUACGGGUCGUGACACUCAGUGGCUAGACCUGCUGAUUUAGUAGGAAAACAUGGCGACACCCUUGUGCCUUACUAGUGUCGCAUAAUGCACUUUAUAAUCCAGUGCACCUUAUAUAUGAAAAUAGUCCAGACAAUAAAUGUUUAUUGAUAAAGUGCCUUAUAAUCCUGUGCACUUUUUAGUGUGAAAAAUACAGUACUAUGAUGAUAAGAGUGUGAAUGUGCUUUGUGUAAAAGUGUGUAAAAUCCUGCAGUAAAGAGUGCAGUAACACAGUCUGUUCUAACACUGUUUUACUACAGACAAAGGCUUGUUUGCAUAGCUAAUUUUGCACCAUUUAAGGUCAACUGAGGUGUUCUAAAACUUUUGACCAGUAGAGUGUGUGUGUGUGUGUGUGUGUGUGUGUGUGUGUGUGUGUGUGCUGGCUGAAUGGUGAAGUUAUCCACACAAGUACUAUAAUCUGUGUUUAAAUUAUGUUAUAGAUAUUUUAAACCUGUAUCUUGCACAUUUUAUAUUAUAUCAAUGUAUUACAAAAUAAGGCAUCAAAUAAAGUUCAAUAUUUUUACUAUUCUGAUUGGUAUGUGCAUAAUAAAAAUACAUUUGCUGGAAUUCAUAAUAUUUUAUAUAAUACUUACAGAUAAAUGAUCCAAAAAUGUUGGGAGAGUGUGGAGAAAAUAAAAUAAAAAUAAGAAAAG